AUGGACAAGCUCUUCUUCUGGGGCGUUCUUCUGGCCUCCUCUGCCCGCUUCCAGGCGGUGCCAGCGGAGCAAGGUGCUGCGCCCUCGUGCCCACCCCAGUGCCACUGCGAAGAGGAUGGCAUCAUGCUCUCGGUGGAUUGCUCCGAGCUGGGGCUUUCGGAGGUCCCUGCCAACCUGAGCCCUCUAACAGCUUACCUAGACCUGAGCAUGAACAACAUCAGCCGGCUGCAGCCUCGCACUCUCCAUCACCUGCGCUUCCUGGAGGAGCUACGCCUCUCUGGAAACCAGAUCUCCAGGAUCCCAGGGGAAGCCUUCUCUGGCCUCUACAGCCUGAAGAUUCUGAUGUUGCAGAACAAUCAGCUGAGUCGCAUCCCUGCAGAGGCACUGAGAGAUCUUCCAAACCUCCAAUCUCUACGCCUGGAUGCAAACCUUAUCUCUGUGGUGCCCGAGAAGAGCUUUGAGGGGCUGCUCUCCUUGCGUCACCUGUGGCUGGACGAUAAUGCCCUGACGGAGAUCCCUGUCCAAGCUCUGAACCACCUGCCAGCGCUGCAAGCCAUGACCUUGGCUCUCAACCAGAUCUGGCACAUUCCUGAUUAUGCCUUCCAGAACCUCAGCAGCCUCGUGGUGCUGCACCUGCACAACAACCGGAUCCAAAGCCUGGGCGCCAACGGCUUUGAUGGGCUGCACAACUUGGAAACCCUGGACCUAAACUACAAUGAGCUGCUGGAAUUCCCUGGGGCUAUCAGGACGCUGGGCCGACUGCAGGAGCUCGGUUUUCAUAACAACAACAUCAAAGCUAUCCCAGAGAACGCAUUUGUUGGGAAUCCCCUCCUCCAAACAAUACAUUUUUAUGACAAUCCCAUCCAGUUUGUUGGACAGUCUGCUUUCCAGUACUUGCCAAAGCUUCACACUCUGUCCCUCAAUGGUGCAACAGACAUCAGAGAAUUCCCAGACCUUAAAGGCACCACCAGCCUAGAAGUUUUGACCUUGACCCGAGCAGGCAUCCAUUUACUCCCCGGAGGGAUGUGCCAGCAGCUGCCCAGCCUCCGAGUCCUAGAACUGUCACACAACCAAAUCGAAGAUCUGCCCAGUUUCCACCGGUGUCAGCGGCUGGAGGAGCUAGGUCUCCAGCACAACAGGAUCCACGAAAUCAGAGCAGACACCUUUGUGCAGCUGAUGGCCUUGCGCUCCAUAGACCUGAGCUGGAAUUACAUCCAGUUUAUUCACCCCGAAGCCUUUGUGACCCUGCACUCCCUCACCAAACUGGACUUGAGUGAUAACCGGCUGGUCACACUGCCUCUGGAUGGUUUGGGUGGACUGACCCAUCUGAAGCUCCAAGGCAACCCGGCUCUCUCCGAGCCCUUCACCAAGGAGAGCUUCCCCAAAAUGAGAGUCCUUGAGGUACCUUAUGCCUACCAGUGCUGCGCCUAUGGAAGCUGCAGCAGCUUCUUCAAGAUGUCCAACCAAUGGGAGGCAGAAGACAUGAGCCCUGAGGAGGAGGAUCCCCACAAGAGGACAAUGGAAUUGUUUCCAGGUCAUGCUGAUAAUCACUAUGACCUAGAUGCAGAUGACCUCCAGCUGGACCUUGAGGAAUCAAAGCUGCACCCCACUAUUCAGUGCACGCCAAGCCCCGGUCCCUUCAAGCCUUGUGAUCACUUGUUUGAGAGCUGGAUCAUCCGCCUGGGAGUCUGGGUCAUCGUUCUGGUCUCAGUGCUCUGCAACGGGCUGGUCAUCCUGGCUGUCUUUGCCUCUCCCAGCUACCUCUCUCCAGUUAAGUUCAUCGUCGGCUCCAUAGCUGGAGCCAACAUGCUGACCGGCAUUUACUGCAGCAUGCUGGCUCUCGUCGACGCCCUGACCUACAGCCAGUUUGCCAAAUACGGCGCUAGAUGGGAGACCGGCGCAGGCUGCAGGGUGACGGGGUUCCUGUCGGUGUUUGCCUCCGAGGCUGCCAUCUUUCUGCUCACGUUGGCUGCUGUGCAGUGCAGCAUUUCAGUCUCCUGUGUGCGGGCCUAUGGAAAGUCACCCUCCUUAGGCAAGGUCAAGGCUGCUGCCUUUUGCUGCCUGUUGCUGUCCUCUGUGGCUGCCGUUCUGCCUCUCUUCUCCAUUGGGGAAUAUGGAGCAUCCCCCCUCUGCCUCCCAUACCCCAUCCCAGAUGGGAAACCCACCACCCUGGGCUUCACUGUGGCCUUGGUGAUGACAAAUAUGCUCUGCUUCUUGACUAUCACGGGCACCUACAUCCGACUCUACUGCAACCUGCUGAAGGGGGAGUUCAGUGCUGUCUGGGACUGUGCCAUGGUCAAGCAUGUGGCCUGGCUGAUCUUCACCAACUGCCUCCUCUACUGCCCAGUGGCCUUCCUCACCUUCUCCUCCACACUCAACCUCUUCCUCAUCACACCAGAGGUCAUCAAAUCCGUCCUCCUUGUGGUCCUGCCCCUGCCUGCCUGCCUGAACCCCUUGCUCUACCUGCUCUUCAACCCCCACUUCAGAGAUGACCUCCGCCUCCUGAGGCAGAAGGGCCAGGACAAGGGGAGCUACCCCCAGUCCUGCAGGGUUGAUGACAUUGAGAAAAGCUCCUAUGACUCCACCCAGGCUCUGGUGAGCUUCUCCGACAUUGACCACAUAUUCGAGACACCUGAUUCCCUGGGAGUGCACCCCAUCCUCGACAGCUACAGCUUCCCCUCCAUGACGCUUGUCCCCUGCAAUAAAAGGGUGGGCACUAGGGGGAAGGAGAGGGGCUUCUCUGAGCAUUGUCCCUGCCUCAAUGACAAUGAGGUGCUGAUCACUUCAGAGAGUCAAGAUCCAGCCAGCAGCAGCCUCCGGAUAGCCUUCUUCCCCUCCCCACCCACACCAGCCUACACGUCUCACUUAUAAACCUCCUCUGAGUAGCCGUGCCGAACAGCCUCACACCAUACACUGAGGGCCAGCCCCAGUGCCGGGUGGCCAGCAAGGUGACAGCAGGCUGCUCCAUGUAAAGCACCAGUACAACCCAUCUACCCUCACCCCCCCAUCAUAUCUGCCUGGGCAACUGGCACCGCUCCGCCAGCUGCCACUCGCCUGGAAGGGCUCUGACUGAGCUCCAGAUACUCAGGGCUGGCCAUGGGAGGAGAUAAACCCCCUGCGCGAGUGUUUCCCCUGCUAGGGACUGCCUGGGAGAGAGCCCUACCAGCUCAGGAGGUGGGUCAGGGAAACCCUCCUCCUCGUCAUCCUACAGCAUCGCAAGCUGGGAGGAGCCUGCAGCAAAGCCAAGGAUGUCUUCUCAAGGCAGAGACAUCUUAGCAAGCAAAAGCCAUUGCUCUGUGGCAGAAACACAUGGAAAUGGCUGACUGCAAUGACGUGGCCACCCACAGGGAUCUCAGGCCUUGUCCUCCAGGGUCCUCUACAGGUCCCACAGACCCCUGGAAAUGGGCUUGUGUCCACCCCACACCAUCAACUAGAAGAGCAGAGGAAGUGGGUUAAAAGCAGUGUAUCCAUGUGUGCACUGGAGGUUUGGCCCGCCUCUGUUUUGGGAGGCUCCAUUUUAUCCACUGGGAUCCUCCUGGGUUGGGCAGGACUCCCACCUUCAGAUAACAGCAGGAGCUGGGGAUGCUCAGCCCCUCUUUCAAUCUGGCUCACAGUGUCUAAGGGGUCUCUGAACCCUGAGGCAGCCAAAUCCAAACACCUCCCUGGAGAAAUGUACGUGCUUUCCCUGAGGUCACUCGGCAGCACCUGGCCAGGGCACCCAAGGGAAUACUGGGCUCCCUCCACCUUCAUUGCUUCCUCCACCUUCGCACGCUGCAGCACACCCAAGGCACUCCUGCCCACAGCCACCUGGCCUCUGGUCCGGUGCACUGGAAAUGGGGUCUGGCUCCCUCACUGCCCCCAAACCUCACUCCUGGAAGAGGCUGUUGGUUCCUGGGUACGUGUCCUCCAUGCAGAAUAGCCAUCUGGGGGGCUGCAUUUGCCCUCCCCUAUUUUAAGGGCAGCUUGUGUAGAAGGAGGGAACAGAAAUAAGCCUUGUGGGAUGAUGGCAUCAGGAGGACACAGGCCACUAGGAACAGUCUCAAAUUCACUCCCUGCAGCUCAGGGAUCUCCCAAAUCCAUCCUCUCCAUCACAAACCCUCCCACUGCCGCCCAACGCAGCAGGGAGCCCACAGUCAGAGCUCAGGUCCUGGGCAAAGCUUUGGUUCUGCUGACA